UCCAGCUUUAAAUCAUUAUGAUCCCGAACCCAGCAACUUUCAAUCAGUAUCCCCAAGUCGGGCGAAGUCGCGGGAGGAAGAAGAGCAUCAACCGCCACCCUCGGGAGACGAAACUAGCCAGCUAAAGGGAGCUGGCCCUUUAAGGCAGAUAAAGCCUAAUGAUUCGAGAUGUGAGAGACUCCGACCGCUCCGAGGGCAGGGGAACCAGGGAGCUCUAGAGUCCCGGAAGUCCUUCCUAGAGUUCCAGGAGGCCCCGCGCCCCAGUUCUCAUGGUAACAGCAAACUGAAAACACUAGGGCUGCGAGAGUUGCAGGAAGAACAGUUUUUGCCAUCAAAUGACUUUUGAGACCAGUUGUCAUCUUCUCCCAACAAAAAGCCAUCAAUUUUCUGGAUUAUCUGGAAGUCCUGAUCAUGUCAUGAUUUUCACCAGUGAUAUGAGAAUCUGGCCAAAGUCUGAGAUGCAGUUUCUACAGCUGCAGUGAGAGGGAGAUACUAGUCUUAUGAGUGAAACAGGGGUGAUUGCUUUUCUAAAAGAGCUAUUUAAAAAAAAAAAAGCCUCUGGCUUACAUCUGAGGAAAAGAUAACAAAAGAUAAUAAAAGAAAAUCUCUGCAUCUGAUAAGGGACCAGCAAGAAGGGCUCAGCAAAAGUAGCAGAACAACAUUUCUAGAAGAUAUUGGUGGCCAUUUAGCAUCAAAGAAAUGAGUUGCUCCUUCAUUCCCCUUUUUGGUUGCUUACUAUGUCAUUGAUUGAUGCAACAAGUGUAGAUGACCAUUUCCAUCAUGCAGUAUUAGAAGACAGUAGUAAGCCUACAGAAUCCAAGAGAAAUCUAGGCACUGGUGAUUUUUCCAGGAACAGUAACAACAGCACUGGAAGCAUUGAUUAUAGCAGAACCCAGGGUUCAAGUGGAAACUUUAGUUCUCACUAUGAUUAUUCAGAAGAUUUUGUCUCUGAAUAUUCUGCAACAGCUGUUAAUGGCAGUUGUGUCGAACUGUUUGAGAAAAAAGUAAAAAAAGAAGAGAAGAAAAAGAAAAAUGUUUGUAAUGUUGCCCAUCAAAAAGGAUUCAAGGAAAUCUCACCCGAAAAAAUGCAGAACUGGAAUACAGCCUUAACUUCUCAAAUUAGUAUCAUUACCCAAAAAAGAGAUGCUAUGGCUCAUCGCAUAAUGUCAGCAAGGCUUCAUAAGAUUAAGGAACUGAAAAAUGAAUUAGCUGAUAUUCAUCGUAAACUAGAAGCAACUGUCUUAGAAAACCAACUCUUGAAACGACUUCAAUUCAGGCACUUGAAAGCAAUAGGAAAAUAUGAAAAUUCACAAAAUAAUUUACCCCAGCUUAUGGCUAAACAUCAUAGUGAAGUAAAAAAUCUAAGGCAACUUCUUAGAAAAUCUCAGGAGAAAGAAAGAAAUGUGUCCAGGAAACUUAGAGACACUGACAGUGAGUUAUUAAAGACCAAAGAUUCCUUGCUAACAUUGCAAAAACUUUCUGAAGACAAAAAUCUCGCAGAGAGAGAAGAACUUACGCAAAAAUUGUCUGCACUUAGCACAAAAAUGGAGGCCAAUGACAAAAGAAUACAGAGCUUAGAAAGACAACUGAGAUUGAACAGUAGUGCAUUUAGUCGUCAAUUAGCUGCUGAAAACAGAAAGACUAUAACAGCUAAAAAUGCUACAAAGAACCUUCAAAUGGAAGUAAAGUGCCUUCAACAAAAACUUAAGGAAAAAGAUCGAGAACUUGAUAUAAGAAAUAUAUAUACUAACCGGUUCCUUAAAAAUUUAUAUGACAAAGAUGAACAACUAAAAGGAAACCAUGAGAAGACCACUGAAUCUUUCAAAGUUUCUUCACCAACCACAUCCAUACAAGCAGAAAAGAAAUACCAUCUAUUUCCAUGUAUAGUUCCACAUCAUUUGAAGGAAAAUAGAGGAGAUAGUGUAUCUCUGCUAAUUAAGGAGGAAAAAGGCAUAGGAAAUGAUGCUGAAAAGGAAGAAACAAUUCAUGUCAGUCGUGAAGUAAUCCAUGAUGUCUAUAAAUUACCAAAUAAAGAAGAUCCUGAAAAAAUAUAUAAAGAUUUACUAAAGGAAGACAUACACAGGGAAGUACAAACACCACAGGAGAGUAAUGGAAGGCAAAGAGAGAAAAUUUUUUUAGAAAAGAUACCUAAUUUGCUGAAAGAAGAACAAGCAACAUCAGCACAAACAAAACAUUUAAUUACUCCAUUAAGGGAAAACAAUCAACAUCCUAAUGUAAGAAAAGAAAAUCUUAAAAGUAGUGUAUCAACACAUGACACGGAUGAACUGAAUAAUAAAUAUGUCAUUCAAAAUAGCAAAAUUCCACUUAGACAAAGAAAACAUUACUCUUUCACUGAAACCAUUGAAAAUUUGCACAAUGGAAUUCCUACUUCAGGUACAUCUGGUUUAGGAACCACCCGAAACAGUCAAAUUGUAAACAAGCAACAAGGUAAUACAACUGACCUGAAGACAGAAAAUUCAGUUAGUAGGUAUGAACCAUCAUUUGGUAAAUCUUCUAAAACAAAAGCAAAAGAUUCAUCAAGUGAAAAGAAUGGGAACUGUACAAAUACAGCUUUGAGGGAUAAGAAAAAUAAUCUGAUGGAAGAACUCUUUGGAUCAGAUUGUGUCUUAAAAAACAAUCCCACAAAUACUGAUCUUAAAUCACCUAAUAAAGAAAAAGAAAGUUUGGAAAAUGAUAGGAUGCAAGAUCCUCAUAAUUAUCGAUCUUCAACCAUUAAUGCUUUUGGAGAUUCUAAGUAUGCCAACAUAAUUUAUAGCGGCUUAUGUCAAAACAGCGUAAGGAAGAAUUCCUUUGUAAGAGAAACAGAUGAGGGCAACUUGAAAAGGAGCAACAAAACCAGGAAAUGAUUCUGCAGCUAAAAGUUGCUUUUGUCAAAGAAAAUGUUCAGCAGUAGCCAAGUGUUGGCCUUACAAACUUCUCUUUCAGAAAUUUUCCUUAUCUGGCUAAAAUGGACAUCAUAUUUUAUGAAAAUUAAAACUAACAAAUGGGCAAUAUUCAGUAUUUUUAUUAUCGUACCUCUGGUUUUUACUACAUAUUUGUAACCUUCCAUCUGGUUUACUUUCAGUUACCUUUAUUAUAAAAAGAUUAAAAAU